GGAUUAAUUUCUUUUCCAUUUUCUUUCUCGGGAAACGCCAAACGGAAGAGAUAUGUUCUUCACUGCUGCGGAUUGCGAUUUCACCUUCAACCUUGAGUUUCAUCGGAGGAUUCCGGUGACUGGAGACGUCAUUUCGUCCGCGAAACGAGGCGAUUCCGGUGAUGGUGCAGCCAAACGACGUCGUGCUCUGAAGCUUGUGGAUCGAGCGCUGUCGAAGCGUCAAUACAAAUCCGCUCUUUCGUUGGUCAAGCAGUUGCAGGGGAAACCCUACGGCCUUCGUGCUUUCGGUGCCGCCAAACAGAUAACCAAGAGGCCUUCGGCAAUGGAUAAUUUAUCCCUCCAACCAUUGGUGGAUUCGAUUCUGGAUUCAAUUCAGCCAUGUCUUCAGAUCUCUGCUGAAAGGCUAGAGAGUUUAAUUGCUGAAGGUAGAUAUCCUUCUCGCUGUGAGGAAGAAGAACACCUCAUAUGUGCACAACAUGAAGCUGGACAUUUUCUCGUUGGCUAUCUGAUGGGUGUUCUUCCAAAACAAUAUGAGGUGCCAAGCAUUCAAGCUCUGAGACAGAAUAGAUUUGCUGAAGGAAAUGUUUCAUUUGUUGGUUUUGAAUUUCUUGGGGAGAUUGAUUCAAUUAAGAUUUUGGUGGAAAAUGCUGAUAUAAUAAAUUUGCAUAAGAGGGAAAAUAAAGGCAGACAGGAAAAUAAAGGCACAAUUUCCUCAACGAAAUUGAAGCAGUUUUCAUGUGUAAUAUUGGGAGGUUUAGUGGCUGAGCUUCUAGUUGCUGGAAAUUCUGAUGGCCAUCUAGCAGAUAUUCUCAAGCUGGAGAGUGUUCUUAUAUGGCUUGGCCUUCCAAAGUCUGAUGCUGAUCGUCUUUUCAAAUGGGCUGCGAUGAACACGGCAUUUAUAAUGUCCCGACAUAGCGAAACAAGAUCAAUACUCGCAAAGGUUAUGGCGUUGGGGAAAUCGAUCGGAUUCUGUAUUGAUACAAUUGAAAACUGUUUGCAGGGGAUAGAGAUAUAAAAAUUGAUUGUCGU